CUUUAAUAUAAGUAUAGAUUCUUUGGCCCACUAUAAUUAGCCUUAUGGGAGGCCCAUUUUCUUACCACACAAUUACCGGAAUACCCCUCGCCAUUUCCCUACCUCACUCCAGUCUCCAGCCCCCUCACUGUUCUUGAUCUAGGGUUUCAUCUCCUCCCAUUCCCAAAUGCAACUGAAAUUCGUGUGAUUUUCCCUCAUUAGUUAACCGUCGCAUCGAUUCAAAACAGUGAAGGAAAAAUGGCGUCUUCGUUUAUGCAUCAAUUUUCGAAGAAGAAGGAAAUAUUGAAGCGGUCGUCGAAGAAGUAUUUAGAAGAGGCGCUCUACACGAAGCUGCUCAGCGAUGGCGGAGAAGAACGGAAUGUCAGGACCAAGUUGAAUGAGUUUCUCAAGUCCCGUAAGAGUGCUUUUAAGUGGGAAGUUGGUCACACUCUCAAGGUCCUCCGCAGCCGCAGACUCUAUGGCCCGGCACUCAAGCUAUCGGAGAUCAUGGAAAAAAGAGGAAUGAACAAAACUGUUAGCGAUCAAGCAAUACAUCUUGAUCUAGUAGCAAAAGCUCGAGGUAUUCCUGCUGCUGAAGCCUACUUCAUCAGCCUGCCGGAGUCAUCAAAAAGUCAUCUUACGUAUGGCGCCCUUUUCAAUUGUUACUGCACAGACUCAAUGACCGAAAAGGCAGAAUCUUUGUUCGAAAAGAUGAAAGAACUCAAUUUGGAACUAACUUCCAUGCCGUAUAACAGCCUCAUGAACCUAUACUUGAAAAACGGGGCUCCUCAAAUGAUUCCACCCUUAAUCCAAGAAAUGAAAGCGGCCGAUAUCAUGCCCGACACUUUCACUUACAAUGUAUGGAUGAAGUCUCUUGCUGCUGUGAAUGAUAUAUCGGGAGUUGAAAGAGUUAUUGAUGAAAUGAAGAGAGAUGGCCGAGUCUCUGCAGAUUGGACGACCUACAGUAAUUUGGCAUCCAUUUACGCUAAUGCCGGAUUAUAUGAAAAAGCAGAAAAAGCGCUUAAGGAACUGGAAACCAAAAGGGCCCGCAAAGAUUUCUUGGCCUAUCAGUUUCUGAUCACGCUGUACGGUAAAACCGGAAAUCUACUCGAAGUAUACCGUGUUUGGCGUUCGUUGAUGGUGGCUUUUCCGAAAACUGCUAACAUGAGUUAUCUGAAUAUGAUUCAGGUGCUUGUUAACUUGAAUGAUUUGCCGGGUGCAGAGAAAUGUUUUCACGAAUGGUCGAUUAGUUGCUCGACUUACGAUAUCCGUAUUGCAAACGUCCUUAUCGGAGCUUAUCUUAAAGAAGGCUCGUAUAAGAAGGCAGAUAACCUCAAAUAUAUGUCUCAGAAGAGAGGAACGAAAGCUAAUGCUAAGACUUGGGAGCUUUUUAUCGACUUCCAUCUUAAGAAUGGACCUAUUAGAGCUGUUGUGAGAUGCAUUGAUAACGCAAUCUCUGCUGGUAUAGAGAAUGGGCGUAAGUGGGUCCCAAAGCCGGAAGUUGUUGAGAAGGUUAUGAAACAUUUUGAGGAAAACAAGGAUGUCGAGGCUGCUGAGGGUUUUCUGGAGGUAUUGAAGAAGUCUGAGGAUGAGUUGGGGAAUACGGUGUUUGAGUCGUUGAUUAGAAUCUAUGCGGUUGCUGAGAAGAAGAGUGACAUUAUGCGCCGGAGGAUUAAGAUGGAGAAUGUGGAGCUGAGUGAUGAAGGUAAGAAGUUAUUGGAUGAAAUAUCUGAGGAAUGAGAUUGUUAUUUGUUUUCGAAUGUUUUUUUUUCUUUUCUUUUUUUUUUUUAGCUGGAAGGCUAGCGUUGAAGAGAUUAUUGAAUGGAUUAUUAUGCUCAACACUUUGGCAGUNGUCUAUUGAUUAUCAUCCAUCUUAUAACUAAUCAACUACACUAAAUUUGUGCUCAAAUGGACAGAUAGUUACAAUA